AACCCGGAGCGAAACCCAGACCCAUUUGAUUGAAGCCCGCCUGUGUGGAACACAGUGACGCACAGACACACACAAACGCGCACUAAAAGAGACACAACUCGGGACCAAAACCAGAGGUUUAGUCACCGGACUUCACUUCCGAUUCACCAAGAGAAACUAAAGACCAAAAGCAACGACUUGGUACAGUAGCCUACUGUUAUCCGCUAUAUUGGAGGUUUUAGCAGUACUUUGAUAACAUUGAUCUUCGCAUAGUAGCCUAGUGCGUCGGGACUGGCUACUACUGCUGAGAGAGAGAGAGGGGGACACCGAAGAGUUUAUCCCUGUUUGACUUUGUCUAUUCUUCUUGAAAAAUAUGUCCGCACUAAUGGAACAACCCUUUUAUGACGACUCGUUUCUCUCUGCUUUCGGCCGUCCAGGAGGCGCUGCUGCCCCGCCACCGGACCCCAAGCUGCCCCGGCAGCAGAACAUGACCCUGGACCUCUGCGACCCCUACCACCGCUCCUCCUCUCACCUCCUCAAGCCGCACCACCUGCUGCGCGCCGCCGCGGCCGAUGGUGACUUCUACCCGAGCGUGCACGCGGACGUCGGCUCUCUGAAGCUCUGCGCCUCGAACCCCGACCUGGAGCGACUCAUCCUCCAGAACAGCACCGGAACCCCCACCAUCACCUCCACCUCCACCCCCAGCGGGUUCACCUACAGCCGCAGCAUCACCGAGGAACAGGAAGGCUUCGCGGACGGCUUCGUUAAGGCGCUGGACGACCUGCACAAGAUGAACCAAAUGGCGCCGCCCCCCAACGUGUCCAUCGGUGGCGGGACCCUCGGUACCCACAGCGGGGGGGUCCCCGCCUCCUCGGUGUUCGGCUCCUCGCUCCAGGCCGACCACCACCACCUCGAAUACACCAACCUGAGCAACUGCACGCCGAACACCGCCAACAUGUCGUCCUCUGCGCCCAGCUACCCCUCCACCACCAUCAGCUACCUGCCCCAUCACCAGUACCCCCACCACCACCACCACCACCAGCUGCCCCCCCAGGCGCACGGGUCUUCCCACCACUUCCAGCACUCCCUGCCCGGCGCAGGGAUCCUCCACGCGCAGCGCUACGGAGGGCUGAUGAAGGAGGAGCCGCAGACGGUGCCCGACCUGCAGAGCAGCGACUCCGGCUCCCCAGGGCCGAUGUCCCCGAUCGACAUGGAGAACCAGGAGCGCAUCAAGGCGGAGCGCAAGAAGCUGAGGAACCGCCUGGCCGCCACCAAGUGCCGGCGGCGGAAGCUGGAGCGCAUCUCGCGGCUGGAGGACAAGGUGAAGCUGUUGAAGAACGACAACAUGGGGCUGUCCAACACCGCGUCCCUGCUGCGGGAUCAGGUGGCCCAGCUCAAGCAGAAGGUCAUGACGCACGUCAGUAACGGCUGUCAGCUCAUGAUGCCGCCUAAAGUCAAGUCUUACUGAAGACUGAAGUAAACGCACUUUUUCUGGAGCUGCUGAACAAUGCAGGAGAGGACAUGGUUGGUCGUGGAGCGACACUGGGGAACAAAUGAGAGAAGUUCUGGUGCGUAUGGAGACGAGGAGACGUGGAGGACUAUGGACUUUAUAUGGAGGCUAAGUGAUGUGGAGGUUGGUUGUCUUGCCUUCAGGGACCACCAGAGAGACGCACUUAAAAGACUGAAACACUUUGGGGCAUUUGGAUCAAGUUUUGAUGAUGUUCUUGUCUUUGGCUUUGCCUGUUUACAUUCGACCGUGACGCGUUCAUGUGGUACUUAACUUAUUGGUUUCUUAUUGGUUGUGUUUUUUUGUACAGUAUAUAUAUUUAAGUAAAUAAUAUGAAUUGAAGAAAUGUGUUGGGCGUUCUUUUGAGGGUGGCCGAUGCCCAUAUUUAUUGUGGUAUUGAUUGCCGUCAAGUAGCCUACCAUUGGUUUAUUUUGCUAUUAAUUGUCGUUAAAAUUAAAUCAGUUUUAUUUUACCAUUAGGUACAUAAAUAAUUCAUAUUGUUUAAAAUAUAUUCGUUAAUUAUUUUGCUAUGAAUUGCCGUUAAAAGUCCAUAAUGUCUUUUGAACCAACCAUAUCUGGUCGCUGCAGUGCAUCAGUCGACCAGUAGGGUGCCUCGACUGGUUCCGCUCUGCGCGUCCCGGCGUGGGACGGUUCUCUUGACGUCAGGACAGGCCCAUUUAUGGUCAAACCUGCCGGCUGACGUAAUAUACCAGCAGGUUUCCGGGAACUCCUGCCUCCUACAGAGCCGGUCAGACCCCGACACUCACAGCCCUGGUUUCCCCAGUAAGGCCAGUAAAUGGUUUAUUUCCAACAGGGGACUUUCCCCGCAAUGGUAUUUCUACUUCCUCAAAACAUCCCGUGAUCAUUGCGAGGCCUUCUUAUAAAGAUGUCACGGCGUGUUCCCUUUAGAUGCAAUCUAAGCCUUUUCCCCACAAUUGCCAAACUGAACAGCUAGUUGUGUGUAAACCUCUGGUCGCGUCAUAACAGGUAUGAUAUGGGAACCAUAAAAGUCAUUACGGUCGAAGUUGUUAAACGUCCGUAAGACAACUAAAACCGCAACUAACUAAAAUAACGAGAUCCAAACCUAGUCCAAUGCUGCUACCUAGUGACGGAAAAGGGCACAACAAGGAACUACCAAGACACGAUCGAUGCUUUAUUAAAGAGCAGACAAUACAAAUAAUACCAUCCAGAAUAUGUUAAGUGUUACCAGUUUCAGUGCUCGGGACUUGCCACAGUUAACUAUCCGGAAGAGUUUGGUUUAACAUGGUCAGUAAUAAUACAAGUCGACUUGGUUCUGGGGUAGAAGGAACUGCUAGACAGGAAUCUACACUUAAGUGCUAUGGUUCGAUCUGAACUCAGAUGAGGAACAUCACUGCUUGGAGAAGAACUCUUUGCUCUUCUUGAUGUCGGGAAUGAUGGUAUCAUUGCCGGGCUUCCAGCCAGCGGGGCACACUGUAGAGGGGAGACGGUUACGUUAACGACACACAUGGAAUCAGUGACACGGGUACAAUAUUGACACACACACACACAGGGCUUCAACAGUCCAGCACAGACAUGAGUACAACACGGCUAAAACACACUGAUUCAGUCUGCGUAUACCCUAGAGUGGUUCCCAUACCAGUAACGGAAAUUUCUCUGAUUCUGCGUAAAAUGCAGUAUAGGGUAUCGCCGAUUAUGCAAGUCUAUGCACCGAUCAGAUACCAUGACGUGACUUGCUCACUUUCUACCACAGGCUGAGAACAUCAAACACUACGUGUUAUGCUGCGUUUGUUAACGGCCAGAUGUGCAAAGUCGGAACGGGAAACGCGCCAUUUCCGACCUGCGUGCGUUUGGAGUUAAAACAUGGAUGCUGAACUACGAGAAUAAAAAUAUAUUAUAAAUUUUAAUUAUUUAGUUUGAAAGUAAGUGAACUGGCUAUACAUCCCUGUCAUCCUAAGAGAUCCCUUCAACAAGAACCAGUGCUUUUAGUAGUUACAAUGCUAGAUGCUGUAUAGGUAUCAGCCGAUACUCAAGUUCAAGAAUCUGUAAGGAAAACAACAACAACUAUCGGAUCAUCGUAGUUGACCCACCUUCUCCGAACUUGUCGGUGUGCUGGAAGGCCUGGACCAGACGGAGGGUCUCGUCCACUGAGCGACCCACUGGGAGGUCGUUGAUGGUGAUCUGCCUCAGAAUGCCCUUAUCGUCGAUCACAAACAGACCCCUAUGAGAGGGACGAGGUAAACACAAGUCAGAGGACGGUCAGAGAACAGUCCCCUGUGAGGACAUACAACGGCCUCCGUUUGAAGUCCAGACACGCUUCACCAACGAGUUCAGAGCAACACAUCCAAGAGCAAAACAAAAAACAGAUUCAAUUGAAUUGGGUUUGUUAAUUAACUGCAAAAGGUGCUGAAGAGCAUGCUGCAUAUGUAUAGUACACAAACACAUUAUAUACACACACACACACAUAAAUGGCUAGAAAUGUGUCCGCACAGACAUAAUCCCAGAGCACAAUCCCCAUUGGCUCGCCUUCAUUACACAACACAAACCGGUUCAGUUAAACCAUUGUUUGAGUUGCCUUCCAUUAUAAAGUUCGAGGAGAUCAGCAAAGAAAAACAGAGACAGUAAUUACUGUUGUCAUUUACCACGCCCCAUCUGAUAAUGGCCAUCGUGCCAACUCAACCCUAAUGAAAAAGCUUUUAACCUGGUGUUUAAAAGCGGUGGCAACACGAUACUGGUCAAACUGGGCAGGUACGGCUGUCAGAUAACUGGCCAACACACCCAGGCUGCGACUAACCAGUCC